UUCCCCAAUUUCCAGGACGGCUCCAACUCCAUGGACAGAAUAUCCGAUUUGCCGAAAGAGAUUUUGCAGAGGAUACUGUAUUUCCUCGCCCAAAAAGAUGCUGUCCGAACCUCUGUCUUGUCGAAAUCAUGGCGUUACGUUUGGUGUACUCGCCCCAAUCUCGAUUUUACACACGACUCCUUCAAAGGUAGAAAACGAGAUUUUCUAUCUGUCGUCGACGAGAUCUUACAGCAUUACUGUAAUCAAAGGCUGUGCUUGGAGGAAUUUCGCCUUUGCAUAUCGCUGCUAGGCGACGAUUCUGAUCAGGAAUCAGUCUCGUUUCUCGAUAAAUGGAUCCCGUUACUCACGAGUAUGGGCGUAAAGGAUUUUCAGCUUUCUAUUAUUGCGGAACAAAGUGUCCGGGGAAUCAUCGAUCUGCCCGCAGUCCUUAAACCGGAACCCCUCACGCUUUUGUGGCUGUAUAAUUGCAACUUGGGCCAGAAUAUUCCGGAGAAUAUACCCUUUGUGCGUCUACAAGAACUUCAACUUUGCAAUGUGUUGAUCAAGAAUGAGAUUGUUGACAAGAUAAUCUCGAGCUGCCCUUUGCUUACUACUAUGUUAUUCCUAGACUGUGAGGGGUUGAAAACUAUCAAGUUGGAGAAGAAGCUUCACAAAUAUCUCAAGCACUUCGUUUUCUGUAAUUUCAAGACUGACGGAAGAGAAAAAUGCAGCGUUGAAAUCGAUGCCCCAACACUUGAAACAAUCGAAACAAUCAGGAUUAUCGGCAGUAAGGUUCAGUUUCACGGCCAUAAGUUCAGUAAUCUGAAGGAUUUAGUUCUACAGAGGGUGGUAAUCUUUAAUAAUUCGAUCGAACAAUCUCAGCUACGUAUUGAUGCCCCCAACAUAAACUCGUUUCACUAUUCAGGAUUUAUUAUCCUGUCCAUCUCGUCAACUCCAUGGGAAAACGGCUGCCAUAUUUUCGCACCGGCUUCCACCACGUCAACUCUAGGACUGUAUAUUCGAGAUGUAAACGAUGCUCAGUCGUGGUUCCUAAGACUAAGUAAACUGCUCCAGGAUUUACGUUGGUCCAAUCUUUUUCUUGAAAUCGCUCAAAGUUACACGAACAACGUGCACGUUGAAGAAGACAUUCUAGUACAAGACGUUAUUAAUGGUGGUAAUAAACCCGUUGUGGUGGAGCAUUUGACUCUGCAUAUUAGUCAUUUGUCUUCAUUUUUAUCUGUUUUAAAUGGUUUGUUUUGUAUUUGUCGUCCGAGAAUCAUAACUCCGAACUGGUUCAUGCAAGAGAAUUGGGACAAAGAAAGGGAAGUGAAGGAACUGUGUGAGUUUUUCCGCAAAAUCCAAAUGAUGAGAGAGAGUGGAAAUCGAAAAAUAUGGCAACAUUUGAAGGAUUUAACCAUUCAAGGAUUUGAUGAGAGCAGACAAGAAUGGCAGACUUUACAGGUGACGCAGUUGUCAGAAUCUGCAUUAUUGCCGGACUUUGAUCGUUUCCAGGUUCGAUUGCUAUGGAAUGAUUGCAUGGUCGUUGGAUAUAUAUAAGAUUUGACAUGUACGAGGUACUUUACUCAUGUUAUAAUUAUUAUUAUUGAAUAAUAUAAACAAAAUGACGUCGUUUUA